CGGUUCCCUUAUCAGACAACAACAGACACCUUUACAACUAAAAACAAUUCGUCGAGAUGCUAAACCAACUAAUACAAUUUACCUUGUUAGGUCUACUGGUAGGGGGAGAACUGCUUCAAAUAAAGAACAAUAGCAAAGAUGACCUGUUAGUGUCAGUAACGGGUCUAAAAGACUUAGUGGUACGCCCAGGGAAAAUUGUUCCUGUCACAGUACCGGAGGAGUUCACAGGCACCAUAACAGGGAUCCCAAAGCGUCUAAAGAAGGCAAAAGUCCCAAGGACGACAAUAGAGUUAACUUUGAGCCCUAUGGCUAUGGUAUCGGUUUUGGAUGGUUUCAAUAUAAAAGCCAAGAUAACUCCGUUGCAAGGGAGAAGAUGCAAGCCCGCCGCGUGUUCGGUAGACAUCAAUUCUUUAUGUUCCCCAAGGAACCAAGUCAAGAACAACAGGGGGGCGGUGCUGGGAUGCCACAAUUCCCCAUUUCUCUUUAAAGUCGUGUGCCCCAACGCGGUUGUAACGACUGCCGACGUGAGGAAUGUGUUCACUUGUACCACGGACUCUUAUUUGAUAACCUUGGGCUAGUCAGGUCGAUGAAGGCGAAUAUUGUUUACUGGAUAUACCUAAACCAUAAAAUGGGUUGCGGGCAAUGGAAAGUAUCGCUGAUAACAGCACUGUUUUGAAGUGAUUGUGAUUCAUUUAACUGACUAACGACUUUAAGUGGCCUCUUCAUCAUACUACAAUAUUCAAGUCGUUCUUUCCUGUGUCGAUGUUAUUGUUUUAUUUUAUGUAUUUGUUACAAUAAAAAAAUCCCCCAAUA